AUGAAGCACGUCGCCGCCUACCUUCUCCUCGUUGCCGGAGGCAACUCCUCCCCCUCCGCCUCGGACGUUACCGAGUUGCUCGCCACCGUCGAGUAAGCCCAUUUCAUCAGCCACGCUCCUCCCCCUCAAACCCAUCACUAACUCCCUCGCCCUCUCUUUCGUGCGUAGCAUCACCCCUGAUGCCGAACGAUUGGAGAAGCUCAUUUCCGAGUUGUCCGGCAAGGACUUGAACGAGUUGAUCGCCGAGGGAUCGUCCAAGCUCGCGUCCGUUCCUUCCGGUGGUGCCGGUGGUGCCGUGAGUUCUCUCUACUUGACCCCCCCACAAUUCCUUCACAUCUGACCCCUUGCGAUUUCCUUUUUGAUGAUGUUGAAUCGAUAGGCCGCCGCCGCCCCCGCCGCUGGUGGUGCCGCCCCCGCUGCUGAGGAGAAGAAGCCCGAGAAGGAGGAGGAGAAGGAGGAGUCCGAUGACGACAUGGGCUUCGGAUUGUUCGAUUAA